AGCGGGGACAAGUAACCCCUGUUUAUUCAGUCACCAAAUAUUAUUUCCAGACAAAAACAAAAAAUGGACGGAAUUUCGACUACAACUUUAUAUAACUCUUCCUCAGUAUGGUGGUCAUAUAGGUGCAGAAUAAUAAACCUUGCUGUGAGUGAAGGAGGGAGCACAGGACGCCUGCGCUGAGGCUGGAGCAGCCUGCCUACCAUGUUGUUAUUGUAACUGAUCCCCAUUGUAACCCACAAAAAGCAGCAUUCAACACAUCUGACCACUCGCCCUUAAUUUGCAGCAAAGAAUUUCAUUCAAAUCUCUAUAAUAUUACGCGGCACUGUGGCACCGUUUUUGGGGCGAGACAGCUGCAAGUGUUAAGAUCUGUUGGGAACAUGAGCCAAACGGCAGAGACGCCAGUUGAUGCUCCUGCUGCAGCGACAGAAGCACCACCUGUUCAAACUGAAACCAAGCAGCCGACAGGGGGAAAGAAACAAAAUAAAAAGAAAGUGGAAGAGGUGGUAGAGGAAGAGGAAGAGGAAUACGUUGUGGAGAAAGUCCUGGAUCGACGUAUCGUGAAGGGAAGAAUAGAGUAUCUUCUCAAGUGGAAAGGCUUUUCAGAUGAAGACAACACAUGGGAGCCUGAAGAGAAUUUAGAUUGCCCAGAUCUCAUCGCAGAAUAUCUGCAGUCCCAGAGAACUGCUAAUGAAUCAGGUGGCAAGCGGCGUGCUGACGCAGAUGGUGAUGGAAAGGAGAGCCAGCCUAAAAAACGCAAGGAUGAGCCAGAGAAACUCAGAGGCUUUGCUCGUGGGUUGGAUCCCGAGAGGAUCAUUGGUGCUACAGAUUCAAGCGGAGAACUUAUGUUCCUCAUGAAAUGGAAGAACUCUGACGAGGCAGAUCUUGUUCCAGCCAAGGAGGCGAACGUAAAGUGUCCACAAGUUGUCAUUUCUUUCUAUGAGGAGCGCCUCACCUGGCAUUCUUACCCCACUGACGAAGAGGAGAAGAAGGAUGAGAAAAACUAGGCAAACUAUCGGGAGCUAUCAGGAAUAUUUACAGUAUUCAUCAUCUGAAAAAGGCAGCAAAAUGUUUAUAUGAUUUCAAACGCCACUGAAACUUGCAGCACCUCAGGCAAUUAAACAGUACCUGUAAUUUACAUAGGCUCUGGUAUAGUUCAGUCACAGCGCUGCUACUGUAGCUAAAUGUAUCGAGUAGACUACUACUUUUUCUUUUUUUUAUCUUGAUCAUAGCAGCUGGGCAGCUUCUUUACCCACAUUGUGUUCCAGAGCCUGUGUAGAUUACAAUGCUGGCCAUUUCUUACCAGUUUCCAAAAGGCUUUCUUCAACAUAUUCCUGUAUAUUGGAUGAAUUUAAACAUUUUGCUGCCUUAUUUAAAAAAUAAUAAUAAUUACAUUUGAUACAUUUUCCAAAAAGCAAGCCAAGUGAAUGAUUUUUGAAAUGCCCUUGGAGACACAUGUAUAAUAGUUUGAGAAUUGACCAAGAGUCCCAUCUAAUAGUACUGAAAUGUCUCUAUUGAAAUUCACUCUUACCAGCAAACACAAAUCACUGUUCUGGUCAUUACUGUAGGUGCUACUAUUGAAUAAGCCCAUCUUUUGUCAACAACACUGCACAAAUAUACUCCUUUGGGAUGUUUGGGGACAUCUUGGCUGUUUUUUUUAUUUUUUAUUUUUAAAAAAAACAACAACCCUAAACACACCACAAAGCUGUGCAGGAGAUAUUUGGAGAGAAAGCACAAGUUUAAUGAAAUACUCUGCCCAGUCAUCUGGCAUUAAGAGACUUUAACAGUUGAGCUUGAGGAGUGGGAGUGAAAAGUUCAAGCGUGCCCAGUCAGCUUCACAAACCUCUGGGAAAUCCUCCAAGAGGCACAGCAGAGCAUCUCUGAGGAACGCCUGCACAAGCUGACUUCUCAUGAUGAAAGUGUGUGCAGUAGUUACAGCUGCUAAGAGAACGUUUUGAAAAUGAACAUUAUGGCUUAACUGAUUUUAAAUUAUAGACAGAAAUAGUUACGUUAUAUUGCCCUUAAAGUAAACCCUAAUAUGUAAUUGCAAACUGGUGGUCAUAUAAAAAAAACUA